GUGUCGUGGACACAAGUUUGUCGACUUUUCCGGCCCGAGAGUGAGAGUGGCAUCUUUCUGGGUCAGUGUAUAAAUUAAUUUUAACUCCGAUAUUUCCCAAGUGGCGCUUUUUCCCGGCGCACGCGACGAAGAAGUGCGCGCCCAAGACGGCAAAAUGAGGAUGCCUUUUGUGGUUCUCUUCGCCGUUGUGGCCCAAUUGGCGAUGGCGAGUGGAAAGAGAUUGAUACCGAUAGGCGGAAUUUUCAACAGCAACGAUUAUGAGUCGGUCAUCGCCUUUCAUUCGUCCGUCAAUCGUGUAAAUAUGCACGAGAGGAGGUUUGAACUGAAGCCAAUCGUGAAGAAUGUCACCGAAUGGGAUAGUUUUGUCACGGAGAAGAUUGUGUGUGAAUUAAUAAGCGAAGGUGUUGCUGCAAUCUUCGGGCCGAGUUCUGUUCAAGCUGCAGGAAUUGCCAGUGCCAUUUGUCACACAAUGGAAGUGCCACACAUCAUAACUCACUGGUCACCAGAGCCACUCGGUGGCCAGCGUAGCAUUGGCUCAAUGACGCUCAAUGUCUAUCCGGACAGCAAUGUAUUGUCACGUGCGCUCGCCGACUUGCUCGUGGACUACAGCUGGAAGAGCUUCACAAUCAUCUACGAGACCGACGAGGGUCUGAUGCGUCUCAAGGAUGUCCUGCAGAUUCAUGGGCCUCAGGAUAGCCCGAUAACUGUGCGCCAGCUGGGCGAGGAUCCGGACUACAGACCGCUGCUGAAGGAGAUUCAGACGUCUGGCGAGAACAACAUUGUGCUGGAUUGCGAACCAGACAAGAUCCUGGACAUUCUUCGGCAGGCGCGCGAAGUGAAACUACUGGAAGAUUAUCAAAGCUACGUUAUAACGUCUCUCAACACGCACACGAUUGAUUUUGAGGAGCUGAAAUUCGCCCGUUCCAACAUCACGAGCCUGCGUCUGAUUGAUCCGAAGAGUUAUGAACUGAGGAAUGCCGUGCAUGAUUGGGAAGAGGGUGAGAAGCGCUUCAAUCGCCUCUUCCGCGUCUCGCCGGAGCAUGCAAAGACCGAGCCCGCCGUGGUUCACGAUGCUGUGCGCGCUUUUGCGGCCGCUCUGCAGGAGUUGGACAGCUCAGAGGAGAUUUUCGCAGUGCCGAUGAGUUGCAAACACCCGUCGCAAUGGCCACACGGACUGAGGAUUGUCAACUACAUGAAGCUGAAGACUGAACAUGGCAUCACAGGACCAAUCACAUUUGAUGAUUUAGGUCGGCGCACGUAUUUCGAGCUGGAGAUCAUCGAAUCGUCAAAGGAUGGCUUUAAGAGAAUUGCAAAGUGGGAUCCAACACAUGGAAUUAACUACACAAGAACUCAGAGUGAAGUCGAUUCGCAGAUUUUCGAAUCCCUGCAGAAUAAAACCUUCAUUGUGGCGUCACGUAUUGGUGCUCCAUUUCUCUCAGUGCGGGAGCCCAAGGAGGGCGAGUACUUUGAGGGCAAUGCACGCUACACAGGAUACUCACUCGAUUUGAUGGAUGGCAUCGCCAAGAUUCUGGGAUUCGCCUAUCGGAUCGAAUUGGUGCCGGACAACAGGUACGGGUCACUGAACAAAGUCACAAAGAAGUGGGAUGGACUGGUGAAGCAGCUCCUGGAUCGGAAAGCUGACUUGGCUAUUUGCGACUUGACAAUCACCUACGACAGGCGAACUGCUGUGGACUUUACGAUGCCCUUCAUGACCCUGGGCAUCAGUAUUUUGUACGCCAAGCCAGUGAAGCAGCCUCCGGAUUUAUUCUCAUUCCUCAGUCCAUUGUCAUUGGAUGUGUGGAUUUAUAUGGCGUCGGCCUAUCUUGGUGUCUCUGUGCUGCUCUUCGCGCUGGCCAGAAUGGCACCGGACGACUGGGAGAAUCCUCAUCCGUGCAACACGGAGCCUGAGGAAGUGGAGAAUAUUUGGAAUAUGCGCAACUGUACGUGGCUGACAAUGGGCUCCAUUAUGGGUCAAGGCUCGGACAUUCUGCCAAAGGCAAUCUCGACGCGACUUGUGGCCGGGAUGUGGUGGUUCUUCGCAUUAAUUAUGUUGUCAUCCUACACGGCAAAUCUCGCCGCCUUCCUCACCAUGGAGCGAAUGGACGCCACCAUUGAGAGUGCCGAGGAUCUGGCCAAGCAAAGCAAGAUAAAGUACGGUGCCGUCAUCGGAGGCAGUACGCUGCAAAUGUUCAAGGAGUCGAAUUUCUCCACUUAUCAGCGAAUGUGGGCCGCCAUGGAGAACGCCCGGCCGUCAGUCUUCGCCAAGGACAACAAUGAGGGAAUGGAGCGCGUGAAGAAGGGAAAGCGCCUGUACGCCUUCCUGAUGGAAUCCACAACGCUGGAAUACAUCACGGAGCGGAAUUGCGAUCUGAUGCAAGUCGGUGGCUUGCUGGACAGCAAAGGAUAUGGAAUCGCCAUGCCAGUCAAUUCGCCCUACAGAACGGCAAUUAGCGGUGCUGUGUUAAAAAUGCAAGAAGAGGGAAAACUUCAUCAGCUGAAGACAAAGUGGUGGAAAGAUGGACGCUGUAAAUCGGAAACGACAAGUUCAUCUGAUAGCGCCGCCGAACUGGGAAUCGAUAAUGUGGGUGGCGUUUUUGUUGUCCUGGCCUCUGGAUGCUCCGUGGCUCUCAUGAUCGGCAUCUUCGAGUUCCUCUGGAAUUGCCGUCAAGUGGCUGUGGAUGAGAAGAUAACGCCGUGGGAGGCAUUCAAGGCAGAGCUGAAAUUUGCAUUGAACGUUUGGAUCACCACGAAGCCCGUUCGCGUUCAUGGCAGUGGCGGCUCAACAGGUUCAAAGGGCUCAUCGUCCAAGGCGGAGUCCGAGUCGAGGAGCACAGCAAUGGCGAAUGUCCUGAACACGACAUCCAGCACGGCUCAUCUCGACAAGAUCGGCACGUCGUUCGGGCACAAGUAAUCAAUACUUUGGGCCGCACCAUUCAAUGAAUAAAACAGUGUGUAUUUGCCCGGGAAAGGUGCAAAAUAAAGGCCAAUUUGGACAAUGCGAUGCGUGGGAAAAGGAAGCCUGAAUUAGCCAUAAAGAUAAUCUCCGAGACUCCUGAGAUGUGCUGCAGCAGCUGAGCCACUCUCGUGCCGACAAUAAACACUCGCACUAUUCUCA